AUGGAGCCACCAGAAUAUUCAGUAAAAGACAUUAAACACGAAAUUGAGGAUGAAUCAUAUGUUUUUGAUGCUAAUGUUAAAUCUGAGGAGUGUUCUGAGGAUGAUGAAACGUGUUUAGAAAGAUUUACGAAUUCUGAGGUGAAGAUUGAAGAAGAAGUCGAAGAGGAGUCAAUCGAGACAAACAUUUAUGAAUGUGGCAUUUGUAAUCAAUCAUUUGAAGAAUCAGAUCAUAUAAAAGAGCAUAUGAUCGAACACAGGCCUAGACAUAACAAAGAACGCCCUUUCAAAUGCGGAAUUUGUCAUAAAGCUUUCAAACAAUUAAGUCAUGUCAAAACUCACAUGAUUGCACAUUCUAAAGACCGACCCUAUAAAUGCGAAAUGUGCAAUGCGGCAUUCAAACAAUCAAUUGUUUUGAAAAAACACAUGCUGAUGCACAGCGGUGAGCGCCCCCAUGAAUGCGCUAUAUGCAAUAAGACAUUCAGAUAUUUAGAUCAAAUGAAAAAACAUAUGCUCACUCACAAUGAAGAGCAGCACUAUGAAUGCAUCAUAUGCAAUAAGACAUUCACAGUAGUACGUUAUUUGAAAGUUCAUAUGAAGAUACAUAGCGGAGUACGCCUCCAUGAAUGCACUAUAUGCGAUAAGCCAUUUACACAAUUAAGUAGUAUGAAAAGACACAUGCUGACACAUGACAGAGAUCGUUGUUUUAAAUGUGGUACUUGCAAUAAGGAAUAUACCGAGUUAUACACAUUGAAGAAACACAUGGAAAAGCACUGUGGAAAAUCUGCCGUGUGA